CGGCUGCGGGAGGAGCGGAAACGCUGGGUACGCGCGUCCGGAGUCGCGCCGGCCCAGAGCGCGCCAAGGAGCGGCCGGGUGGCCUCCGUCGCGCCCGCAGCCUCCGAGUGGCGAGCGGCCCCGCCCGAGCUCGCCGCGGCCCCCGGCCCAGCCCCUGCGGCCCGAGCCGCCCACCUGAGCCCGCUGCGCCCACCUGAGCCCGGGCACUGGCGCCAUGGCGGAGCAGGAGAGCCUGGAGUUCGGCAAGGCGGACUUCGUGUUGAUGGACACGGUCUCCAUGCCCGAGUUCAUGGCCAACCUCAAGCUCAGAUUUGAUAAAGGACGCAUCUAUACAUUUAUCGGAGAAGUUGUCGUCUCUGUGAAUCCUUAUAAGUUGCUGAACAUCUAUGGGAGGGACACAAUUGAGCAGUACAAAGGGCGUGAGCUGUAUGAGAGGCCACCUCAUCUCUUUGCUAUUGCUGAUGCUGCUUACAAGGCAAUGAAGAGGCGAUCAAAAGACACUUGUAUUGUUAUAUCAGGAGAAAGCGGAGCUGGUAAAACGGAAGCCAGCAAGUACAUUAUGCAGUAUAUUGCGGCCAUCACCAACCCCAGCCAGAGAGCAGAGGUUGAAAGAGUGAAGAAUAUGUUGCUUAAGUCCAAUUGUGUUUUGGAAGCUUUUGGAAAUGCCAAAACCAAUCGUAAUGACAACUCAAGCAGGUUUGGAAAAUACAUGGAUAUCAACUUUGACUUCAAGGGAGACCCUAUUGGUGGACAUAUCAAUAACUACUUAUUGGAGAAGUCUCGAGUGAUUGUGCAACAACCAGGAGAAAGAAGCUUUCAUUCUUUCUAUCAGCUACUCCAAGGAGGUUCAGAGCAGAUACUACGUUCUCUAUAUCUCCAGAAAUCCCUUUCAUCUUACAACUAUAUCCAUGUUGGAGCUCAAUUAAAGUCUUCUAUCAAUGAUGCUGCAGAAUUCAAAGUAGUAGCUGAUGCCAUGAAAGUAAUUGGCUUCAAACCUGAGGAGAUUCAAACAGUAUAUAAAAUUUUGGCUGCUAUUCUUCACUUGGGAAAUUUAAAAUUUGUAGUAGAUGGUGACACGCCUCUUAUUGAGAAUGGCAAGGUUGUAUCUAUCAUAGCAGAACUGCUCUCUACUAAGACAGACAUGGUUGAGAAAGCCCUUCUUUUCCGGACUGUGGCCACAGGCCGUGACAUAAUCGACAAGCAGCACACAGAACAAGAAGCUAGCUAUGGCAGAGAUGCCUUUGCCAAGGCAAUAUAUGAGCGCCUUUUUUGUUGGAUCGUCACUCGUAUCAAUGACAUUAUUGAGGUCAAGAAUUAUGACACCACAAUCCAUGGGAAAAACACUGUGAUUGGUGUCUUGGAUAUCUACGGCUUUGAAAUCUUCGACAACAAUAGCUUUGAACAGUUCUGCAUCAAUUACUGCAAUGAGAAACUGCAGCAGCUGUUCAUUCAGCUGGUUCUGAAGCAGGAACAAGAGGAGUACCAGCGGGAGGGCAUCCCUUGGAAGCACAUUGAUUACUUCAACAACCAGAUCAUCGUGGACCUUGUGGAGCAGCAGCACAAGGGCAUUAUCGCAAUCCUAGAUGACGCCUGCAUGAAUGUUGGCAAAGUCACCGAUGAAAUGUUCCUGGAAGCACUGAACAGUAAAUUGGCCAAACAUGGCCAUUUUUCUAGCCGAAAGCUCUGUGCCUCAGACAAAAUCCUGGAGUUUGAUCGAGAUUUUCGAAUCCGGCAUUAUGCAGGUGAUGUUGUCUAUUCUGUCAUUGGUUUUAUUGACAAAAAUAAAGAUACUUUAUUUCAAGAUUUCAAGCGCCUCAUGUAUAACAGUUCAAAUCCUGUUCUGAAAAAUAUGUGGCCCGAAGGUAAACUGAGCAUUACAGAGGUGACUAAGCGACCCCUAACUGCUGCCACCUUGUUCAAGAAUUCCAUGAUUGCUCUAGUAGACAAUCUUGCAUCGAAGGAACCAUACUAUGUACGUUGCAUCAAACCCAAUGAGAAAAAGUCUCCACAGAUAUUUGAUGAAGAACGCUGUCGGCAUCAAGUAGAAUACCUUGGACUCCUGGAAAACGUGAGAGUGCGCCGGGCAGGGUUUGCCUUCCGCCAGACCUAUGAGAAGUUUCUUCACAGGUAUAAGAUGAUCUCUGAAUUCACCUGGCCCAACCAUGACCUUCCUUCAGACAAAGAGGCUGUCAAGAAACUGAUAGAGCAAUGUGGUUUUCAGGAUGAUGUAGCUUAUGGGAAGACCAAAAUUUUCAUCCGAACACCCCGUACAUUGUUUACCUUGGAAGAACUCCGUGCCCAGAUGCUUGUAAGGAUUGUCCUCUUCCUACAAAAGGUGUGGCGGGGCACCCUGGCCCGCAUGCGGUACAAGAGGACAAAGGCUGCCCUGACCAUAAUUAGGUACUACCGGCGCUACAAAGUGAAGUCAUACAUCCAAGAGGUGGCCAAACGCUUCCAGGGUGUCAAGACCAUGAAAGACUAUGGGAAGCACGUGAGGUGGCCGACCCCUCCUAAAGUACUGCGUCGCUUUGAGGAAGCCCUACAGGCCAUCUUCAAUAGAUGGAGAGCAUCCCAGCUCAUCAAGAGCAUACCUGCUUCCGACCUGCCCCAGGUCAGGGCAAAGGUCACAGCCAUGGAAAUGCUGAAGGGUCAAAGGGCUGACCUAGGACUCCAGAGGGUCUGGGAGGGCAACUACCUUGCUUCGAAGCCAGAUACACCUCAGACUUCAGGCACUUUUGUCCCUGUUGCUAAUGAACUGAAACGGAAGGACAAAUACAUGAAUGUCCUCUUUUCCUGUCAUGUCCGUAAGGUGAAUCGAUUUAGUAAGGUGGAAGACCGAGCAAUUUUUGUCACUGACCGUCACCUGUAUAAAAUGGAUCCCACUAAACAGUACAAGGUGAUGAAGACUAUCCCCCUGUACAAUUUGACUGGUCUGAGCGUCUCCAAUGGAAAGGACGAACUUGUAGUGUUCCAUACAAAAGACAACAAAGACCUCAUUGUCUGCCUCUUCAGCAAGCAGCCAACCCAUGAGAGUCGAAUUGGAGAACUUGUUGGAGUCCUGGUGAAUCAUUUCAAGAGUGAGAAGCGUCACCUUCAAGUGAAUGUCACCAACCCAGUGCAGUGCAGCCUUCAUGGGAAGAAGUGCACCGUCUCUGUGGAGACACGGCUCAACCAGCCCCAGCCCAACUUCACCAAGAACCGCUCGGGCUUCAUUCUCAGUGUGCCAGGCAACUGACCCCUCCUUGUGAGAUGGGCCAGGACAGGAGGCUGGGCCGGGACGAGGCUGGUGGGGGGCUCAGCCUCCCUCAGCAUCCUAGGUUCUGGCCUAAUUGCUACAUCCCUGCUAAUGCUGCUCAAAAUCAGCUUGCAAGCUCCCCGCCAGGAGGGGCCCCUCUGCUGCUUCCCCAAGGCCCCUCCCCUCGAGGUGGUCUUCCUGGCUUUCUGCCUCCGCCUCCAUCUCCUGCUGUCUCAGCUUUCUGCAGUCCCUCUUCAGUAAACCAAAGACCCUGGAGCCCUGCUCCAGACCCCCAGGCCAGCAUCCAGCCCACAUCUCAACUCGAAGGCAACUGGAUGCACCUUUAUUCUGCACAAGCAUCCCCUGGGCGGCAGGUCAAGUCAGCAGGCCUUGACACAAUGACCAGCUGCUGACCCCAAGAAGGGAACAGGGAGGGGAGCCCAGGAUGCAGUCUCUCCAGCCAAAGCCCUGCUCCCCCGGCAGCUGGGGGGACCUGGUUGCUGUGACUUGGGGGCCAGGCCCUGUGCCCUUGUCCUCCAAGGUGAUCACCCUCAGGGGCUCCUGCACAGACCCGAAGAUCCCCAGCAGCCAGCCAAAGCCACCAGGUGAGCGGGUCCGCUUGUAGCGCAGCCCCUCAGCCAUGCCCCGCUGGGGUCCGUCUCUCCCAGAGCCUGCCCCUGGGAGACUCCCCUCACCACCAGGGCCCCAGGCCUCCUGACCACCUCUCCCAAGAGGCAGUGUGAGGAUGCUCCAGGACCAUCUCAGCCCACAGCCUCCAUUGGCAGUUGCCUCACACGCCUUUCUGCAGUGUGCAGGUUGUAUCUGUCUACUGCUUAGUAAGAAAACACAGGAGCGCGCUUGGGAUUUCCAGCUUUCCUUCUCCAAUGCCUCAGAGGUUUUCCUAGUCACUGGGAGAGGUAGGACCUCGGUGGGGCUUAAAGCACACAGGAACCACAGGAGGCGGAGCAGCAGAAAGCAGUGUGGGGUCCUGGCACUGCAGGCCAGGCCAGGGUGUCCUCCCAUGCCAUGCACAAACCCCUGCUGGAGCCUGGCAUCCAUGGACUCCUCCCAGGAGAGCUGCUGUCUUGCCAGUUCUGCCCAGCAAAAAGUGCCUGUGCUUCAGCCUUCCCAAGCCCUCCUCCCUGGUCGCAGCCACUGAGGAGGAGGCUGUGGCCUGUGAGCAGCUAGGCCUUCCAGCGCAGAGCCUUGGAAAGAGACUCUUGGAGCAGGCACUCCAUGUUGUAAGGAGUGAGGGGAGCCCACACCUCAAGAGGAGCUGGCAGGGGUAUAAAAGGGACAGCCUGAAGUUUUCUUCUCUUUCUGCCACAAACACUGCCCCUUGCCAUGAUCCUUCCACCCUGACCAGCAGAACUCACUAAGUGCCUGUGUGGCACCUUUUGUGCCUUGCCCAGGGCCUGAUAUGGUCACCUGGCUGACCACAGUGGCCCAGCAGCCUGGUCUCAUGUCCUCCCUUCCCGGGGUUUGGUACUAUGUGCGGUUUGCAACACAGAGUCCUGUUGGCAUCCUGCCCUUGGGACCCCUCUCAUCCCCAAGCCUGGUCAGCUCCCUGCACGGUGAGAGGUGCCCACAUCCAGCUGUCAGCGGCACUAACGGAACCAUCUAACUGCACCUUCGCCUCUCCUUUCCACCUCGCUCCCCAGACCUGCUUUACACUAGACACGUGCAAAUAUGUUUUAAACACACCAAAAUAGCUGUGCCAAAUGAGUGGCCUGUCGGAGGCUGAAGAGGAAAGAAGAGUUGGGCCUCUCGCCAUCCACCUUUUGCUGUACCCCACAACCCCACAGACCGGCACCGGGGCCUGCCGCCAAGGCCACAGGGCUGCUGGCCGUCCGCAAGCACUUUCGUAUGGCGCGCGCAAAGCAGUCCCAGCGUGUGGCAGUGAGGAGGACCAUGGAGUUAGGGUGUGCUUGAGCAUGGCUAAUGCAUCGGGGUGCUGAGGGGAAAGGAAAGGGACAGUAAUUGUAUGCAACGAAGUGGUUUCUCUCAUUGUAAUUCAAUGCGGUUUUAUGAUUUGGUGCAUAUAUUCCUAUUUUCCAUUAAAUUAACUUUAUUUCCAAAGCAUAUUUUGAUUUACUAUCAAGAGCAAUAAAGCAUUAAAUCUUAUUUUUAAA